AUGUCAGCCAAACUACCCCAGAAACGAUAUUUUCGACAGCGAGCCCACUCAAACCCAUUUUCCGAUCACUACCUCGAAUACCCAGUAAGUCCCGCUCACAUGGAUUGGUCUAGGCAUUAUCCAGAAUUCUUUACUUUGAAAAAUGAUAACAAUGAUCAGGCUUCUAGUACACAACAAAAUCCACCAUCAAUUCAAAAAAAAGUUGAAUUUGCAGACCUUGGUUGUGGAUAUGGGGGAUUGUUGGUUGCGUUAUCCACUGUAUUUCCAGACACUUUAAUGUUAGGUAUGGAAAUUCGAGUAAAAGUUGAAGAAUAUGUUCGCGAACGAAUCAACGCAUUAAGGGCGCAGAAUUUUGGACAAUAUCAGAACAUAUCCAUUAUAAGGAUGAAUGCCAUGAAAUUCUUACCAAACUUUUUUGAGAAAGGACAAUUGUCAAAAAUGUUCUUUUUAUUUCCAGAUCCGCAUUUUAAAACCAGAAAGCAUAAGGCUAGGAUCAUCACAAAUCAACUAUUAUCAGAAUACGCCUACGUUUUGCGUGUUGGCGGUAUAAUUUAUACGAUCACAGAUGUGAAAGACUUGCAUGAAUGGAUGGUUAAACAUUUAGAAGAACAUCCACUUUUCGAGCGCAUUUCAGAAGACGAAGUGGAAACGGAUCCUGUCGUUCCACAUGUUCGAACCGCAACGGAGGAAGGGAAAAAGGUGGAACGAAACAAUGGAGACAAGUUUUUAGCAUGUUACAAAAGAAUUUUCGAUAAUGAUUCCGAUGAUUGA